AUGAAGCCCACCACAUCUGUCUUUCGCGCCGCCCUCCUCUCCUCCGUCUUCCAAGCCACCGAGGCUUUGGUCGGCAUUGACUGGAGUGUCACUGACGUAUCUUCGACCGGCUUGAAAGAUAUUACCUUCCCCAUUUCUAUGCCUAACGCCCCCCACGCCUCCGGCUACUACUUCGCCCAGCAAUUCAACUUUGUCGGCCAAAACGACGUGGGCUACACCGGUCUCCAGCCCCGCGAAGACUCCGGCUCCUCAUCCGUGGUCCACGCCGUGUUCUCCAGCUUCAUCGCCGGAACUACCUCUAGCGACAGUAACUGCAGUGAAGGCGCCGACGGCGGCGAGGGCGUUAGCUGCUCCGUGGAGGUUGAUAGCACCUACGCCGAUGGAUACCUGCUGCAAAUUCAGAAUACCGGAGGGACCACCUGGACUGGGACCCUGGUUGAUUCUGUUACUGGGAAGCAGACCCACAUUGGCUCCUACACUCUGCCGGCCGGGUCCCAAGGUAUCCAGGGAUCCCAGGGAGGCUUUGUUGAGUACUACCCUUGGAACUCAAACACACAUACUUGUGACGAGCUCCCGAAGACGGAAGUUUUGUUUGGAAUUCCCACUACUUCGAGUGGCAAUGCUGGCAGCCUGCGGAAUGCUUAUGAGUAUGGCGACUGUGUUGGAAAGGUUGAUUUUAAUAGCGUGCGCACCAGCAGUGGCGUUGAUGUUACCGUUGGAUUCUGA